AUGGACGGAAAAUCCAAGAUGUCCAAUGUUUCUGGAGCAAUCUUUUUUAUACUGGGAUUGUUUUUCCUAAGAGCCGCAGAAUGUAGAACACCAGCGAAUGGGGGCACGGUCAAGUACUCUGCCCUUAGCUGUCGAAAGCACAGUGCUCUUUUGACUGAUUUUGGAGCCGUUGGCGAUGGCAAAACGUCCAACACGAAGGCCUUCAAGGCGGCCAUUCAUCAUCUAAGCCAGAGUGCAUCCGAUGGCGGAGCACAGCUUAUCGUGCCACCGGGGAAGUGGCUCACCGGGAGCUUCAACCUCACCAGCCAUUUCACCCUUUUCCUCCACAAGGAUGCUGUUAUUCUUGCAACUCAGGAUGAGUCAGAGUGGCCUCUUGUUUCAGUUCUGCCUUCAUAUGGGAGAGGCAGAGAUGCCCCUGGUGGAAGGUUUAGCAGUCUCAUUUUUGGAACAAACCUCACCGAUGUCGUAAUUACAGGUAACAACGGCACCAUCGAUGGGCAAGGUGCUUCUUGGUGGAAAAAGUUCAAAGCAGGUCAAUUGAAUGCAACCCGACCCUACAUGAUUGAGAUCAUGUACUCUAAUCAAAUCCAAAUAUCAAAUCUUACUUUGGUCAAUUCUCCUUCCUGGUUUGUCCAUCCCAUAUACAGCAGCAAUAUAACAAUCCAAGGGCUCACUAUCCUUGCACCAAUUAACUCUCCUAACACAGAUGGCAUAGACCCAGAUUCAUGCUCACAAACAAGAAUUGAAGACUGCUUCAUAGUCUCUGGGGAUGACUGCAUUGCAGUAAAGAGUGGAUGGGACCAAUACGGGAUCAAAGUCGGGAUCCCAACAGAGCACCUUGUGAUCAGAAGACUUACCUGCAUUUCACCUGACAGUGCUACCAUUGCUCUAGGCAGUGAGAUGUCCGGUGGAAUUCGCGACGUACGAGUUGAGGACAUCACAGCCCUUAGCACUCAAUCCAGUGUGAGGAUCAAAACUGCCCAAGGAAGAGGAGGUUAUGUCAAAGACAUAUUUGUGAGAAGAAUGACCCUCAAGACUAUGAAGUAUGUUUUCUGGAUGACUGGCUCUUAUGGGUCUCACCCGGACCCUGGCUUUGAUCCUAAGGCACUGCCUUUGAUCCAGAACAUCAACUACAAACAGGUUGAGGCUGAGAAUGUUACUUACUCUGCAAGGCUGGAGGGAAUUCCUAAUGAUCAUUUCAAGGGAAUUUGCAUUUCUAAUGUGACUAUCACACUGACUGAGAAGCCCAAGAAAUUACAAUGGAACUGUACCAAUAUUGCGGGAGUUACAAGCAACGUGACUCCAAAGGCAUGCGAUUUGUUGCCGGAGAAAAAAGAAGUUGUCGAUUGUCCUUUCCCAGAAGAUAGGUUGGCGAUUGAAGAUGUUAAGUUGGUGACAUGUUCUGCCAGUCUCCCUUUCUUCUGA